AUGGACGACACAAUAUUUAAAAUCUGCGAGCUCCAGAAAGGACCGCUGACAAAAGAAAACUACGUUACAGCUCUUUUAAAUGUUUUGAAACAGGAUGAGGCUACUGCAACAAUUACUAAACAAGAUCUUGAGCAGAUCCAAAAACUGCAAGCUCAGCUGAAUGAAGAAAUUGUGGCCGAAGAAAAGGCUGUCGAAAACAAGAAUGAAUUAGAAGAAGAGGUCGGAGAAGAAAAAGAAAAAGAUGAAGAAAAAGAUGAAGAGGAAGAAGAAGAGGAGGAGGAGGAGGAAGAAGAAGAAGAGGAGGAGGAAGAAGAAGAAAUAAUUUUCGAAGGUACUACUCCUUUGCAUGCACUUGUCGGUGCAGUGGACCCCAACAUCUCUGAUGACGAUCUUGAAAUUGUACUCGAAAUGAUGGAUACACUUUUUUCAUACGGAGCUGGAUGGGUGAUCUUGGAUGAAAACAAUGAAACACCUGGAUGCAUUGCUUAUCGCAGAAAGCUUCCAAAAAAAAUUUAUGACAAAAUCGUUUAUUCCGGUGUUCGUGCAGAGUUUUUAUUAAACCAUCUGACUGAAGAGGAGGAGGAAGAAGAAGAAGAAGAAGAGGAACAAAAUUUAGAAGGAAAUGAAAAGGGUGAUACGGCCCAAGACCAAGAAGCAUACCUGGAAUCAAAACUCGAAUACACUGAUCACAAUUUAGUUACCAGCGAAGCUAAAGAUGGUGUUAUGAUGGAUUGGGAAGAUCCAAUCAUGAAACGCAGCGCUGAAAUUAUUACAACAGACAGUGAGAAAGAUGGAUCUGGACCUAUUGUUUUGAAUAUUGGCUUUGGCAUGGGUAUCAUUGACAAAUACAUUCAGGAUUUAAAACCUAAGCGACAUUUCAUUUGUGAGGCUCAUCCUGAAGUUUUAGCCAAGAUGCGCAAGGAUGGCUGGUACGAAAAGCCUGGUGUCACUAUUCUUGAAGGUCCUUGGAAGAAAACAUUACCUGGACUUUUGGACCAAUGUUGCAGCGAGCAAAUGUACUUUGAUGGUAUUUACUACGAUACCUUUUCUGAACAUUAUAGAGAUUUGAAAAAGUUUUUUGAUUUUGUUGUUGGAAUUAUGAAGCCAACUGGUACAUUUUCAUUUUUUAAUGGACUGGGUGCUGAUCGUCAAGUGUGUUAUGAUGUGUAUAAACAGAUUGUUGAAUUGGAUUUGUCCGAUUAUGGACUAGAAGUUGAGUAUGAGGAAAUUGAUAUUGCUCCUGAAAGCAAGACUUGGGAGGGAAUCCGCAAGCAAUAUUGGGCUAUUAACAAAUACUCGCUGCCGGUGAUUCGAUUUAUGGGAUAA